AUGUUGCUCCCAGCCCCCGCGCGCCACCUCCCGGGACUUUUGUUGCUGUUCUGGCCGCUACUGCUGCUGCUGCUGCUGCUGCUGCCGCCCCCGGCUGCUCCUGGAAUAUUGUCCCUAGCGAGCACACAGCGGCUGGGGACACGCGUCCCAGGGGGCAGCCCGGGGCAUCUCCCUGCUCUGACGACUCCUACCCGCGCUCCUUAUUCCGGGACCCCAGGGGGCAGCCCGGGUGCAGGUGUUUGCAUAAGCAGGCCUUUGGACUUGGUGUUUAUCAUUGAUAGUUCUCGUAGCGUUCGGCCUCUGGAAUUCACCAAGGUGAAGACCUUUGUCUCUCACAUCAUUGACACUCUGGACAUCGGAACAGCUCAAACGAGGGUGGCUGUGGUGAACUAUGCCAGCACCGUGAAGAUAGAGUUCCAGCUCAACACCUAUUCAGACAAGCAGGCCCUGAAAGAGGCUGUGGCACAGAUCAUACCCUUGUCAACAGGCACUAUGACAGGGCUGGCUAUCCAGACAGCGAUGGAGAAAACCUUCACUGUGGAGGCAGGAGCUCGGGGGCCCAUGUCUAAUAUCCCCAAGGUAGCUAUCAUUGUGACAGAUGGGAGGCCCCAGGACCAGGUGAAUGAGGUGGCUGCCCAAGCCCAGGCUUCUGGCAUUGAGCUAUAUGCCGUGGGUGUGGACCGGGCAGAUAAUGAAUCCCUCAAGAUGAUGGCUAGCAAGCCCCUGGAAGAGCAUGUCUUCUAUGUGGAGACCUAUGGGGUCAUUGAGAAGCUCUCUGCUAGAUUCCAGGAAACUUUUUGUGCUGUGGACCCGUGCCUGCUUGACACACACCAGUGCCAGCACGUGUGCAUCAGCGAUGGUGAUGGCAGGCACCACUGUGAGUGUAGCCAAGGGUACACCUUGAAUGCCGACGGGAAAACCUGUUCAGCUAAUGAUAAGUGUGCCCUCCACACUGACGGAUGUGAACAGAUCUGUGUCAGUGACAGAAAUGGCUCUUACCACUGCGAGUGCUAUGAAGGUUAUACCUUGAAUGCCGACAAGAAAACCUGUGCAGUUCUGGAAAAAUGUGCUUCGGGUACACACGGUUGCCAGCACAUCUGCGUGGACGACAGAGCUGGGUCCCUUCACUGUGAAUGCUUUGAGGGCUAUACCCUGAAUGCAGAUAAGAAAACAUGUUCAGCCCAAAACAAGUGUGCUCUGGGCACUCACGGCUGCCAACACAUCUGUGUGAGUGAUGGAGCAGCAUCCUACUACUGUAAAUGCUUCCCUGGCUACACCUUGAAUGAUGAUAAAAAGACAUGUUCAGGCAUCGAAGAAGCACGAAGCCUCAUUUCCAUAGAAGAUGCUUGUGGCUGUGAAGCCACACUGGCAUUCCAGGAGAAGGUCAGCUCCCAUCUGCAGAAGCUGAACAACAAACUGGACAACAUUUUGAAGAAGUUGCAAGUAACUGAAUAUGGACAAGUACAUCGUUAA